AUCAUUUCCCUUUUCUUUUCUUUUUUUUUCUUUUUUCUUUUUCAGUUGAAAUCCAAUCUGAGCUUCAGGUUGAUUAUGUUUGUUGCUUUUGGUUGUUGGGUUUUGUAUCUUUUGCCUCCUUUUAUUGUGGAUUAUAUACAUGGGUGUGGUCGUUACACUGUUUUUGAGUCUAUUCCUGUUAGGAACUGAACCUCUCACUCUCACUCUCAUUCUCACUCUCACUCUGUAGCUCGGUGAUUGUGCUAAAUUCUGUCAUCAUUUCAUAAAAAAAUGUAUACGCCACGUAAAGUUGAAUUUAAGCAUUAGAAUCAUUGGAUUGUUGGGUUUUCUUUUAUAACUGCCUGUUUUGUGUUGUUGGGUCAUGAAUGGGUCUGUUCAUUUUUACAUUUUUGUUCUGGGUCAUGUCUUGUAUGGGGUUCGACCACUAUAUGUGACUUCGACUGUCAAUUCCACAAAUUUUGGCCCUUCUUGACGAUAAUUUAUUAGGAAUUUUUGUUGUGUUGAUUCUUUCUCCUUAUUUUUUUGUGGGAUGUUGGAUUUUUGUUUGGAAGAAAUAACUUAUAAUAGUUGGAGUUAAUGUUUGAGUACUUUCAAUUAAAUUUCUGAUAACAUUUUGGUAAUGGAGAGAGAGCUAGCAUUUUGAAAUUUUCGACAUCUCAGUUUUUGGGCAAUGAAAACUAAUUAUGUCUUCAACAGUUUUGUUUGUUUAACAUUCGAUAAAAUUCUUGGGAUAAACCAAAACAUAGAGUUAAAGUCCAGUCUCAAACUAUAAAUCUGAUGGGAUAUGUAUAUCCCUGGCUAAUGUAGGACCAUGUACUGUGAGAGGAUAACUUUUGUCUUCAACCAUUUUCUUCUAAGAUUUGUGACUUCCCAUAAUCCUCAGACUCCUCCCUUUCUGCAUGCUCCAGAAAGAAAAUGGAGUGUUCUUUGCUGAGAUAAUAUCACUCUGAUAACUACACUAUAAAGAUAACCAAGUAAUAUUUAAGAAUAUACUGGAACAUAACACCUGCAUUACGUAAAGAUCACUCUCCGGAGAGGAGAUGAGCCAACAUAGAACAUAAAUUGAUUGCCGCUUGAAAAGGUGAUAACAGGUAGAAUUUUUCCUAGAUUGUUAUUAUUAUUAUUUUUUGGGGUAUUCAAGCAUCUCAAUACCUAUAUUGGAACCUGUAGAAUAUCAACUCCCUUGUCUUGGUCUCCUAGCAUGAUUGCCAGACUGGUCUACAAGGAGGCCUUCUAAACCUGCACCAUAAAUUUUUACAGAUCUUUGCGAUCUAAAGGUGGUGAGCUUCUAAACAUCAUGAAUGCUGUGAAGGGUGGCUGGGUUGGGCAGACAUUUGCCCUAGCUAGAGGGAAUGGGCCUGAAGGGAGGAAGUCUCGGAUUCGGCGUUCAAAGGAGGAGAGGAAGGCAUUGGUUGAAUCCUUUAUAAAGAAGUAUCAAAAGUCAAACAAGGGAAAUUUCCCAUCACUUAAUCUCACGCACAAGGAAGUUGGCGGGUCUUUCUACACUGUACGAGAGAUUGUUCGUGAUAUAAUCCAGGAAAAUAGAGUGCUGGGUCCUGCUAAGUUGAGUCCAGAGGAACAGAGUAGUUAUCAGCUCUUGGAACAAGAUCCACUGUAUUCAAUUGCCACAGAUCCUCAAACUCUGUUGUUAAUGUCCAAUGAAACUCAUCUUGUAUCCAAUCAUCAUCAAGAUACAAGUGAAGAACAGAUCUUAUGUUCUGAUGAGAAUGAUACUGGACAUGACAUUCAGACAUCUGAUAAUGGGCGAAUCAUAAAUGGAAGUCAGGUAGAUGUGAAAAACAGGUCUGAUGGACCAACUUGUGUAGAGUUGCAGGUAAGUGAACCUUCAGAAUCUGACAAACAUCUUGAGGAAGAAUGGGCAGCAUCAAUGACCAAAAUAACACCUGCAACAGCAGAGGAAGAGCAAGUCUUAGUUUCUGAUGGGCAUUGCACUGUACCAGAACAUCAGAUACUUGACAAUGGGCAAACCGUCCAUGGAAGUCAGCUAGACAUUGAAAACAAAAACUCCAUUCAACUGAGAUGUACUGAGAACCAUGAAGCUGAACCUUCAGAAAAAGAGAGGAAUAUUGAAGAAACACUGGCAGCAUCUGAGGCUAAAGUAAAUCCUACAGAUGUAAUAGUAGAGGUGUUCCCAUUACAGCCUGUUACUAAGACCACUGAUAGCGUGGAAGGGAUUUUAGAAGAACCAAGAGAUUUAGAUAAUUGUUUAGAAGAAAAAGAGAUUGAAAAGGUUGAGUGUGAACCAGGCAGUGGUAGCUUUCUAUCUGAUGGAAUGAAUUCCUCAAAAAAUUCUAAUUUGGGGGAUGAUAAAUCAGUGGCAAACCUUUCAGGUCCAGUGGACAAGGAAGUAGUAGAAGACCUUGCAGAGCCAUCAUUGGAAAGCUUAAAUGGCUCAACGCCUGGAGAAGGUAUUAAGCAUGAUAGUCAGAGCAUCAGAGUUCUUGAAGCUAAAGUAUCUUGUGAUGAUGUUGGAACACCCGAAAUGUUUGAGAAAAGCCAGGAACCUACUGUACCUAAGGCUGUAAGUGCGCCUAGUGGCAUCCAUACCAAUAUUCCCAAUGGUGUUUAUACCGGCAGUAGUAGUGUGGAGGCAAAUACCUCCCAGACAAUUGUGAACCAACCUAAAGCUGAUCUUCAAUUCAGUGGCGACUCCCAGAAAGGAACCAAACCAACUUUAGAUAGAAUAAAUCUUGAAUCUUGGGAAGGGACAACUAGAAGAUCUGCAAAACCAGAAACAGAAACUAAUCCAAUUUUGGCCACUUUUAAAGCAUUUAUAGCUGCCUUUAUUAAAUUUUGGUCUGAAUAAACGCUUGUAGACUGUAGUUGCAUGUUUUGAUCGUGGAUGUAGUCUUAUGUAGAGCUAUAUGCCUGCUAGAUAGUGCUUGUUGUCACUUGGGUGAUUCUUAUAUUAAAUUGUGUGGUCGUUUUCUUUUA